AUGGAUGAGACAAACGAUGUUGCCAGCUUCUAUGAUAGCGAACCUCGUCCUGAACGUCUCAUUCCCCGGCCAGAGGGAAGGUCCAAGGAUCAAUCCAUUCCCCGUGAAUAUGAAGGCCAACAGUUAUUAUCUCAAGUCGGGCUUCGAUCAUCAUCAGAAGGGACGCAAAGUUCUACUUGUUUGGCCUCUCAAAGAACCAGUUCUGCCGGCAAGCCUUCUACUGAGCUCAUUCUCUUCUCCCAACCCUUGCAACCACAAGCUCCGGGUCAAUCAUUGCCAUCCUUUGAUCAUCCAUUAACUAUCGAAGAACUGAUAGACCAGGGAGCAGCAGGAUCCUCACAUCCAUCCAGUUCUGAAGAAUAUGUACAUAAUCAACUACAUUCAUUACCACCAAUAUAUUCCAACACCCCUGUUUGGCCUCUGACCGACCCGUCAGAGGCUCUUCUAUUGCGCCACUUUGUGCAGAAUCUUGCAAUUUGGCUGGACCUCUGCGACCCAAAGCAACAUUUCCAGAUCGAUGUUCCUCAAAGAGCCGGGACAUGUCGGAUUUUGCUGAACGCAAUCUUUGCGUUAUCCGCGAGACACUUGAAUCGAAUCGGUAACUACGAUUCGUUUGCAUCGAAUCGGUAUCAUCAGGAGUGUCUCAAGUUUCUGAUUCCCAUGCUGAAUGAUACUGCCACUAUAUCGGAUGAAAGCCUUUUUGCGGCGACUAUUAUCUUACGUGUGCUUGAAGAAAUUGACAUGCCGGAAACAGAAUCCCAGGGCCACCUUCUUGGAAUCCAGGUCUUUGUUGGUGCUCGAGACCCGUACGCCAUGGGUGGUGGGUUGGGCGAGGCCGCUUUUUGGGUAGGUCUACGCCAGGAGAUCUACAGCGCAAUGAUGAAUCAUAAAUCCAUCCAGCUCAAUCUCGAGCAUUGCAUAGUCGACCGUUCUAUUAAACCAGCCAGCGAUUACGCAUGGGCCAAUCGAGCAGUUGUUCACUGUGCCGACGUAUUGAAUUGCUGUUUUGGCGAACAGGGAGUUCUGACUGUGCGGUGGAGAGACCUCUCGGAGUAUAAUGAGCAAUGGAAAAAAGCAAAGCCGUCUUCCUUCACGCCCGUAUAUUAUCGAAAGCCGGAUCGUGAGAAGAGAGAAGUGUUUCCGGAGAUUUGGUAUUUCCAGGCUUGUCAUAUAAUUGGCAUCCAGCAUCAUCUACUUGCACAGAUGAUUCUUGCAAUCUUUGAUCCUAAGCUCCCUCGAGUAGGAGGUAAUCGAAGUGCCGCUGUCCGAGAGAUGGAGACUCAAGUACAAUGCAGUCUCAGAGAGUUAUGCGGUAUUGGACUAUACAACAGAUGGACCCCACCGGGAAUAUUCACCGCUUCGAUGGGCAUUGCAAUAUGUGGCGAUCGCUGCUCUGAACGAAUAGAACAAGAAGCUUUGCUUGACGUUCUGAUCAAAACAGAGAAGGAUCACGCACGUCCUACAGCAGCAAUCCAACAUCAGAUGAAAGAAUCUUGGGGUUGGACCUCGAAAGGUUGA